AUGAACGGCAUGCCUAGUAGGCUCUGGGAGCCUAAGCAUGGCUUGAUCCCUCUUGAUGAGCCUUCAUCUAUCUUACCCGACUUCUAUUUCAAGAAUAUGGAGGAUGAUGGCCCAGACCAUUGUCGUGGCUCACCCGAACAUGUUGCUAGUCUUCUCAAAGACCUCCGCUGCCUUCGCGACGUCUAUGUCCAGCAUACGGGUCCAACUACCCUGGACAUCAAAGAAGCGUUCGACAGCGUCAUGGACGAAUGCCUUGAUCUCCUCACCCCGCCAGAUUCCAUCCAAGACGUCACCUGUCGCACCGAGUUCUUCAAAGUAGUCCGGGAAGUCGCUGUACAGAUCAUGGGGCUCAUUGAGAAGCGCCUUGACCUCAAGACGAAGAUCGCCUCCGUACCGAACGCAUUUGGGCGUGCUCUGGAGAAUAACACCGGUUAUCAAGAUGGUCUCCCGCGCUGGUCGCAAUUCCUCGCUUGGGACGCUCCAGGCGCGGCAAAGUUGCGACUCGACAGUCAACCCGGUGUCCUACAUAAUCAUCGUCGCGCCUACCAAGUCAUUCCUCCAGGAGGCAUAGGUAUCCUCCGCCAUUGGGACGCUGAGAUGUACCGAGUCUGUCGCGAAAUCGAUCCACACAACCAAAUUCCCAUGUGGAGCCAGAGAUUUGAGUGGGGCUUACUUGGUCAACACAGGCUUGCGCUUGGCAUCCGUAGGCUUGAUCCGUUGGUGACCAAGCCGUCCCCGUGGGCCAAAGGACCCCGAUUCUUGAGCGCUUCUUUGCCAAAAGGACUCCAUGGUUAUCAGGUGGAGCUGGAAGAAUUAGACCGAUGGAUGGGUGAAAGGAUCCACGCGUCUUUGUUGCUUGACGAUCCCAUGGUGGGAUCCAGCUUAGACGACGAGCCUGAAAAGAAGGGCUAUCAUCUUGGCCAGACUCUCUCUGGGAACAUAUGGACCUACGAGGAGAUGCAGAACAUACAACAAGAGGCUUAUGGUGACGAAUCAUUCAGCUUUGUCGUGGUUCAGCGCUUUAUUCGGGAUCAGGAACUGGAGCGCCUCCGCGAAUAUUACAGCAUGCCCGCGGAACAACGCGACCGGUUGGUGCCCACGGCUUCAGCUCACCAUUCGGGCUCCUCUUCGCACUCUGGACCAUCUACUGCUCCCGGUCCUCAGGCUGGCUCCUCCGCUCAGGCUGGCGCUUCCACUCAGGCUGGCGCUUCCACUCAGGCUGGCGCUUCCACUCAAGCUGGCGCUCCCACUCAGGCUGGCGCUUUCACUCAGGCUGGCGCUCCCACUCAGGCUGGAGCUUUCACUCAGGCUGGCGCUUUCACUCAGGCUGGCGCUCCCACUCAGGCUGGCGCUUCCACUCAGGCUACUUCUUCCGCUCAGGCUGGCUUGACUGCGCAAUCCAGCUCCGCUACUUCGGCUGGUCCAUCCACUCAGAUUUGA